AUGGCGUACAACAGAUCGUACAACCCCGACGAGCUGCCCAGGUUCGCCGAGCCAGAGCCUAAGCCUGGCUCUGCCGCUUCCUCUAGAUACGAGAGCAAGCCUCCGCCGCCAUUGCCCCAGCAGACCGCGCGUCCUCACCAGAACUCGGACCCCCGACGGCUGCAAGCCAACAACUCCUACGGCCACCCAUCAACAUCGCCCAUGUCGCCGCCGCCGCAAGCCCAAGGCCCUCGCCCUACUACGCAUAACAGGCCGCCCGCUGCCAGCCGUCCGCCGCCGUCACCUGCUCCCCAGGACGGCACUGACCCGACUCUCUUGCCGCUCUUUAGGGCUGUAGAUAAAGAUGGCACGGGCCAGCUAUCCGAGAAGGAGCUCAGCGCCGCGCUGGUCAACGGCGAUUGGACGGCUUUCGAUCCUCACACGGUGCGCAUGAUGAUCCGCAUGUUUGACAGCGAUAGGUCGGGCACCAUUGGGUACCAGGAGUUCUGCGGGCUGUGGUCAUUCCUGGCGUCGUGGCGGACGCUGUUUGACCGCUUCGACAAGGACCACUCGGGUAACAUCUCGCUCGACGAGUUUACCGAUGCCCUCAUUGCUUUCCGCUAUCGCCUCUCACCCCGCUUCGUUCGUCUGCUCUUUGAUACCUACGACAAGCGCAACGAGGGUGUCAUGAGCUUUGAUCUGUUUGUCCAGGCUUGUAUCAGCCUCAAGCGCAUGACCGACGUCUUCAAGAAGUACGACGAGGACCGCGACGGCUACAUUACCUUGGGCUUUGAGGACUUCCUCGAGGAGAUUCUGAAGCAGCUCAAGUAA